GAGGAACACUCAGACAGAACAAAUAAGCAGCUGCUGCUCGACUCCCACCACAGAUGCUGAUAUCGGCACCGCGGAGAGACCUCGUUCAACGAGGAUUCAGAUUACAGCUGGAGAGAAUCACAUCUCACGGAGCCACAGCUGACGAUAAGAGGACAGAGCUGAGAGCUGCAAGAGAGAGGGACAGACAGAGAGAGAGAGAGAGAGAGAGAGAGAUAGAGAGAGAGUUCUUCUAAAGUAGGAUCUCUCUAGGGGCCAGUUGAAACAGACCACAAACACUCAUAGAGCCACCAAGACAUCGCAAGAAAACAAUACGGACCACUGUGGUGUGGAAGCUCGCGUGGUCACAGUUCCCCCCUCAAACCACAGAUGAGACCCUGCUGAGAUCAUGGAUUCACUCUUGAAGGAAGCGGUGUAUGGGGACGCCACAGGUCUGGAUGUGUGAGGACCAUGGAGAGCAUGUAUAUUGGUAAUGCGUGUCAGAGUGGACUGAUGCCAGCGCUGGUUCGAGCUCCUCUGCCCGCUGUACCGCCCUCACUGGGCAUGAAACACUUCUUCCCCUUCGCUCUGGACAGCAGCUCCGCACUCAGCUUCAUUCCCAGCUUCAGCACUAUGGAUCCUGUCCAGAAAGCCGUUUUACAUCAUACGUUCGGCGUUCCUAUUGCUUCUAAAAGGAGAGCUGUCGCAUGCAGUAUGUGCCAUCUGAGGUUUAACUCACAAAGCCAGGCAGUGGCCCACUACAAAGGCACCAAACAUGCCAAGAAGCUCAAAUACUUGGAUGCCCCGAAAUGCCUCAAACAGAAGAGUUCUCUGGUUAGCAAGGAAAAUACCAACAAGGAGCCACCCGAAGGCCACUCGGUGGCCAGCAACACUGACGGAAAAGGUGGAAUUCCUGGAGAGAUUGUGGCCCCUUCAUCUCCGUCUUCUCCCCUGAUGUCAGGCCCUGUCACGGGCCCCACUGAAGCAGAGUCUACCUCAGUAUCAGGAGGGGAGGAUGGCCCCUCCUUCACAGCCAACACGCCUCCGCCGAUGGAGCCCGAAUUCGAGCUGAAUUCAGAGACAGAGGAGGAGAAAUCUUUACGACUGCUCUACUGCUCCCUCUGUAAGGUGGCCGUGAACUCGGCAUCACAGCUGGAGGCUCACAACAGUGGCACCAAGCACAAGACCAUGCUGGAAGCACGGAGUGGGCACGGCUCCAUCAAAUCCUUCCCCAGGCCAGGCGUCAAAAGCAAGCUAACUACACCCACUAAAGCAGACAUGGGCUUGCAGAACAAGAUAUUCCACUGUGAAAUCUGCGACGUGCACGUCAAUUCAGAGACACAGCUCAAACAGCAUAUCAGCAGCAGACGCCACAAAGACAGAGCCGCAGGAAAACCAGCCAAACCCAAGUACAGUCCGUACACCAAAACACAACGAGGACCCACCAAACACACACAGGUGAAGAUGCCAACAGUUAAAGAGCUGUGCCCACCACUCACAACCAGGAUAAUGUCCUCUCACCUGGCAGCUGUCGCUGCGGCAGCCGCUGCUGUUGGCUCCGCCUUUCCGUUGCGUGCCUGCCAUAACCCCGCCCUCUUUCAGACUCAGUCCCUCCCUGCCGCGCUGCUCCGUACCGCCCCUGGGCCAAUCAGGACUGCUCACACACCUGUAAUGUUUGCCCCUUAUUGACCUUUGAACGAUGAUUUCUGGCGGACCUCAUGUGCUUGGAUCAUCGCCGCCACCCCUAUCACCUCACGACAGGCACACUGGCCACAUCUAAUGCGUGAUAUCGCAAUAAUUUAAAAUGAAGCCUGGUAACUAUGCAUUGCUGUUUUCAUGUGACACACUGAUGUUAAGCUAUAAAUGUUCUGGUCAAUAUUUGGUGAGUUCAGGAAUGAUUUGUGGACCGACAGAUAAGGGUGAGCAUCAUUUAGAAUUUAGUGCUCUCUUUCAUUUCAUGAGUUGGAAUUGGAAUUGAUUUGGCGACGCCCCACAGGAUGUUAAAUUUGACCAUUACACCAUUCAUUUGGACUAAUCAUGCCUAUUUACUUGCUGAUAUGUAGAAUGCAUUAUUUAAUCAGCUGUUGAGCAAGUUCAAUAUUUAUUUUAGAAUAUUUAGUAAAUUAAAUAUAUUAUGCACAUUUUAAAGCUGAAUUGUGUAUCUUCUGUUAAAAUACUUUGUCCUAGUCCCUCCUUAAUAUACAGAGAGAACUAUAAGUAAGCCAUUCGUAAUUCCAACAAGUAAUCAGUCUUUUAGCGCUACGAAAUUUCCUGUUUGUUGUGAGUGAUCCGUCAAGCCCAACAAUACAACAUUGACUCAACCAAUGGCACGGGUUGAGGGCGGGACUAUCUGUUUGCGCUAUCUACAGAAGACAGGGAAAAAGCUAUUUGGAUAGCUGUUUGCAAACAAUGAUUUCAUUUUGCAAUUCCGUUCAGUGGCGUAGAAACUUCACAUUUCAGCUUUAAUAAUGUUUUAAAAAGAAAAUAAUAGUAUUUAAAGCUAGGGUGUGUGAUCCAGAAUGGCUAGCAGUUAGCAAGCUAGCUUUGAAAGCAUAGAGCCCGCCCUGGCUUCAGAGGUCUCUCCAAAGCCACGCCUCCUCUAUCACACGUGAAAACACGCACACACACACACACACACACACACACACACACACACACACACACACACACACACACACACACACACACACACACACACACACACACAGAGCAGAGUCUAAGCCCCAGAUGUUUUUUUCGUUGUAGAAGUUUCUAACACGGUCUUUCUUGUCUUGUUUCCUGAAUUUUGGUAUGCAAAUAUAGAUUGACAGACAGGAAAGACAUCCUAUCAGUACAUUCGGACCGAAUGCAAUGAUUGGUCGUAAUUGUUUUUAGCCCUGUCCCUUCCACAGAAGAUAUAUAUAUAUAUAUAUUUUUUUUUUGAUACCACUUAAAUUAUUGAUUGCUAUCAGUAUGUGAAGAAAAUUUCAACCAGUAUAAAAAAAAAAAAAUUCUGGAAAAGAUCGCACACCCUAGCUUUAACAAAAAAAAUUAAAAUGUUAAAUAAAUUAUAGCAAAAUUAAGUGUUCUUUCACCAUGCUCCUUAAAAAUUUUUUAAAUAAAAUUAUAUAUAUAUAUAUACACACACAAUAUAUAAAAUAAAAUAAAAAAAUGUAGAUGUGUCAUUUCAAACAUUUAUUGUUAAGGGGAGGUACUACAGGUGAAUAGGCAAAAACAAUUCCAUUAAUAUAUGCAAAUUAAGUGUUAUCUCAUUAAAAAUGCACCAAUUUGCAUAUUAUGUAAAACACAAUAUUGACAUGGUAGAAGAAGUCAAAACUUUUAUGUUUGUUUUAAUGUGAUCAAUAACUACAAAUAAGUAGUUGGUAAUCUUCAGAGGCUUUUGCCAAAAUAUUGUUCUCUCAGUUAAUUAUGUUAAAAUACACUUGGCUCAUGUUAAAAAACAACA